AUGGGAAAGUCGUCGAAGGACAAAAGAGAUAUAUACUACAGAGAAGCAAAGGAGAGAGGCUUUAGAGCAAGGUCGGCCUUCAAACUUCUACAAAUUGAUGAGAAAUUCAACAUCUUUGAGGGAGUUCAUCGUGUGGUGGAUCUAUGCGCAGCUCCAGGCUCAUGGUCUCAGGUUCUAAGUCAAAAACUUAACCUGAACAAGAAGGAUGGUCAAGAAGGAAAGAUUGUUGCGGUUGAUCUUCAGCCAAUGAGUCCUAUCGAAGGUGUCACUUGUCUACAAGCAGACAUCACACACCCCAAGACGCUACAGAGUAUACUAGAACUUUUCGGCGGUGAACCUGCUGAUCUAGUAGUCAGUGAUGACGAAUACAUUCAGGCACAGCUUAUUUUGGCUGCUCUUCAACUCACUACAUGCAUUUUAAAGGAAGGCGGUACCUUUAUCGCUAAGAUAUUCAGAGGAAGAGACAUUGACCUCCUCUACAGUCAGCUAGGGUACUUGUUUGACAAGGUCGUGUGUGCUAAACCACGGUCAUCUCGUGGAACCUCACUAGAAGCUUUCGUCGUAUGCAUUGGGUAUCGCCCUAGACCUGGUUGGAAUCCAUCUCUUGACUUGGGGAAGUCAACUGAGGAUUUCUUCGAAAAUGCUGAUAUCGGGAAAAGCUAUAUUCAAGAGAAUUUCGACCUUCCGGAUGAUGAAGAACGUUUUAUUCCAUCCUUUGUCGCUUGUGGUGACUUAGACGCUGGUGAUUCCGACGCAACGUACAGCUUAAACUCCAACAUAGAGAAGCAAAACCUCAAGCCAGUACAGAUGCCCACGGCACCUCCCUACAAAAAAGCAUUAGAAAUGAAGAGAAACGGUGAUCUUGUCAGAAGAUGA